ACGCUACGGUUUUUGGCACAAGGCUCAUACCAAGUUGGUGUUGGAAAUGAUUUCAACUUGGCCUUAUCUCAACCCACCGUGUCCGCAAUAUUGGCUGAAACACUUGAAGCUCUGGAGCAGCUAAUAUGCCCCCUGCUUAUAAGAUUCGAAAUGUCCGAGGAGGCAGGGUUCCCCGGCGUAAUUGGUUGUGUGGAUGGAACGCAUAUUAAAAUUUCGGCGCCCACUAAGUUGGACCAAAAUCUGUAUUUUAACAGAAAAGGGUUUUUCAGCUUAAAUGCAAUAAUUAUUUGUGAUCAUAAAAUGAAAAUAAGGUACUUCGAUGCGCGAUAUGCAGGCUCAUCCCACGACUCCCUGAUAUGGAACAUUAGUUCUGCAAAACAGGUGUUACGUGAGCGGUACGAUUCUGGAGUGCGCAACGCUUGGCUAUUAGGCGAUGCAGGCUACCCUCUGGAACCGUAUUUAAUGACGCCCUAUAGAUCAACUUCAGAAGGAAGCGCUGAAGCCAUUUUUAACACCAAGCACGCAAAAACUAGAAACAUAAUAGAGAGAACCAUUGGAGUCUUCAAAAACCGAUUUCGCUGCUUACUCGGAGCUCGUCAGCUACAUUAUAAGCCGGAAAAAGCAACGCAAAUCGCAAACGUUUGUGCUGCCUUACAUAAUCUUUAUAUUGACUUUAAUGUAGAGUCAUCAAGCUACGAUUCAUCAUCCGAAGCUGAAAACAUGCUGCGCAAAUUGAUUGUUGUUUCAGAAUAUUUAAUUGAGCGCAUGUCGUCACCAAAAACUGUAUUGACAAGUUUUAUGUUGACACCCGUCAAUAGAAUAUCAAUAUUGUUGUCGUCAAUACCAAAAUAG